AGGGUUGAGUAGUAUAAAUACCGUCUGUACUGCGAUCAGUUGGUAGGACUCUCAGUCAAAACAAAAAUGAAAAUCUUUGUGGCUCUUUUGGCUUUUGUGGCCGUCGUCAGCGCGGCUUCGGUGGGCGAGCCUAUUGGCACCCACUCGAUCUCCAGCACGAUUGUUGGUGUAAUCGAGGGCGUGCAGGAGCAGAUGCCUUGUGGCUUCGCCGGGCUGGGCAUUCCGCCCUUGGCCCCCCUGAGGGUCGACCACCAGGAGGUCAACAUCGACACCGACGCUUUGAAGGCACAGGGAACCAUCGACCACUUCCGCCUGAAUGGCCUCAACGACUUCGAUAUCGAUGAGAUGAAGGUCAACGCUAUCACCAGCAAGGUCACCUUCAGGUUCAGCUUCCGCGACGUGAACGUGGACACCCAGUACGACCUGAAAGUCUUGCUCAAGAAGUUCGGCUUCACCAUUAACCUUAUCGGAGCUGGCCAUGCCAAGUUCGCCAUCAAGGAUAUGGUCAUCUGGGGCACCCUUAAGUACUCUCUGGGCGUGAUUAGCGGAAACUUGAAGCUCAAGACCCUGGAGGUGCGCACCCACCUGGGUGAGGUCGACUCCGAGAUCGAGGGCAUGCUCGGCGAUGGCGUCAUCAACGAGAAGAUGAACGAGUAUCUGGCCGAGGCCGUCGAGCUGGCCAUUAACGAGAACGAGGAUCUGAUCGCCGACACCAUUGAGAGCAUCGCCCUGCCCGCAGUUAACAGCGUCCUUGAUGACGUCAGCCUGGCCGAGAUCGUCUCUGGAGCCGGUGGCGGCGAGGGUGGCGAGAAGGAGGUGUGCAUUCCUCCCGAGUUCGAGUGUGUGCGUUGUGCCGGCAUAGAAAUGAAGUCCCUCCUCUUGAUUGCACUUAUCUUGGCCCUUGGCAGCUGUCACGGCGCCGAAUUCGCUGAACCUAUGUCCGCUCAGGACCGGUCCCUUUCCAGCGUGGCUGCUGACGGUCUGGAGUCCCUUAAGGUAGUUCUCCGCAACGGAGCUCCGAAUCACGGAAUUCCCGUAUUGGCUCCUGCGAAGCUUGCUAAGAAAUCCGUCAAGUUCAGCACAGGAGAGCUCAGUUUUGACGGUGAAGUCGAGGACCUUAUACUGGAGGGUCUGGAUGCGUACGAAGUGCUCAUCAUGAAUGUGGACGUGUUCCGAAGCCGCGUUACGUCGACGCUAAAAUGGAGUAGUCUUAAUGUCACCACUCAGUACAAGGCGGAUGUGGGCAGUGGCUAUCGCGUGCAGCGCGAAGGUGGCGCCUUCUUUGCCCUUGAAGACUUGGUCAUUGAGGCCAGAAUCAACUACUCGCUGGGCGUGAUAUCCAAGAAACUGGGCGUGAAGGACGUCCUGGUCUACCCAUCGGUGGGCAAUGUGAACUCGCAAAUCGAGAACCUCUCCAAGUACCGCAUCCUGAACCGCAAGAUGAACGAAGUCAUCGAAGAGUUCGUCACCCUAACAAUCAACGACAACACAGACUUCGUCGCGGAUUGGGUCAACGAGUUUGCCACCCCCAUUUGCAACGAGAUGAUCGGAGACCGCACUUUGAGCGACAUCAUCGGCAUUAUCACGGGAGGAGGAAACUAAUUACCAAAUAUCCACAAUAAAACCAAAAAAUACCCGA